AAGAAGCGCUUGGAUAUCCCAUCCGCGACCAAGGGUAGCUCCCAAGUGCCGUUGCGGAGAUAGCUCUGCCCUGUAUCCCUCUGAACUGUCCCUGUCAUACUGCAGUAGCUGGGUGCACUAAUCCGAUUGGCUGGAUUCCUCUCCUGCAUUAGCCGUCAGGGCGGAAGCGCUGCUCUGAGUUCGAAUUCCAUCUACCCUUCCCAACUGCGAGAGCCCCAAUUCCCAAAUGGCGGAAGGGAGGGAGGGGGAGCUGCCGGCCCCAGAUCUCCACUUCCAGGCGGCGCUGGAGCAGGAAUUGAAGCUGGGAGUGAAAACAGAGAGGAAGGACCCGGUGGGUCCCAAGUCUGAGAUGGGAUCCAAGGGACCGAGGAAAAACACCCACCCUGCUGCUCAGGCGGGACCUGCGGGGUGCGAGGGCCUGCAGCAGGUCUGGGAGGCCCAGUGGCAGGCCUUCCUCAAGGCGAUGGAGUCACCCCACUCCGAGGCGGGGAGCUCGCAGCUGGCGGAAUUGGCUCCCUGGGCGGACCUGAGGACUUCCCUAGCCCCUUUUGAGGCCAUCACUGCAGCCAGCCAGCCUCCAAAAGAAGGGUACGUCCUUCCGUUCCUCAACGGGGCGAGUCACCAGGUCCGUGUCAAGCUCGAUCUGAGAGAAAAGGGCCCCUACACCAAAGUAAAGGAGGAGAAGGAGGCCCUCAGCACAGAGGGCCACCGGCAACGCUUUAGGCAGUCGCACUGCCACCAGGCUGAGAGCCCCCGCCAGGCCUGCAGCCGGCUCUGGGAGCUUUGCCGCCAGUGGUUGAAACCAGAGAGACGUACCAAAGAGGAGAUCCUAGACUUGCUGGUCUUGGAGCAAUUCCUGGAUGUCCUGCCUCGAGGGAUCCAGAGUCGGGUGAAGGAUCAGGCUCCUGAAACCUGUGCCCAGGCGGUGGCCCUGGCAGAGAAUUUCCUGCCGGCUCAGGCAGAGGCAGGUAGUUGGGAAGAGCAGGGCCCGGGUCUCUUUCAGAAGGUGAUUGUGAAUGUCCCAGAUGAGGCAACUACUUUGGGUGAUGCAGGCAGGCAGAUCUGGAAUGUGGUGAAACAUGAGUGUGGAGGAAAUGCCAGCUCAGGGGGUAAGCAGUAUGUGAUGCAGAAAGAGGAUCACAGGCAAGAAAGCUCUGAGCAAGAACCGCUGGAGGAGAGAGAGACAGCCAAUGGGCUCAAGCCCUGCAAGCAGGCGGGAUCGAAUGAGGGUCUGUGUGGGCCAUGGAGGCAACAGCAGGCAAGCUGUCCGAGGCAGAGGAUGGACCAGCUCAUUCCUAGCGUGGGCCUUUACCAAGGACUGAGUGGUCUUCUUACCGGGGAGAGGCCUGUGACCCUGACCGGAUACAGACGGACUUCUGACUCCAAGGCGAGCGAGAGGACCGAGGCAGAAGAGAAACCCUUCAAAUGCGUGGAGUGCGGGAAGGCCUUCCGCACAAAGGACAAGCUCAUCCGACAUCACAAGACCCACACGGGAGAGAAGCCGUACGGUUGCUUGGACUGCGGCAAAUCCUUCAGCACUAAGUACGGGCUGUUCCGGCACUACCGAAUCCACCGGGGAGAGAAGCCAUAUGGGUGCUCGUACUGUGGCAAGUUCUUCCGGAUGAACUACGACCUCAUCCGCCACCACCGGGUCCACACGGGGGAGAAGCCCUUUGAAUGCUCGGACUGCGGGAAGUCCUUCGGCAUGAACUCCGACCUCGUCAGACACCAGAGGAUCCACACGGGGGAGAAGCCCUUCCAGUGCUCGGACUGCGGGAAAACCUUCAACGUCAAGGGCAGCCUCGUCUCCCACGUCCGGAUACACAAGGGCCUGAAGCCGUACAGGUGCGGCGAGUGCGGGAAAUGUUUCAACCAGAGUUCGAAACUGAAGGCCCACGUGAGAAUCCAUGCGAGGUAGAAGCAUGGAACAAACGUCCCUGACUCUGGUAGUCCUGGACCUUCAGCAAUCGCUCGAGUCUCUGCACGAUCGUCUCCUCCUGUACGGAUUUUCCUGGAUGCGGAUGAAGGCCUUACUCUGAGCCCUUCUGGGAAGUGAAGUGGUGCAGUUCUGGGAUUCAGACCAUGACAACUGUGAAGUGCUCUGCCCCAAGAAGUCUACUAAGCCUCUUUGCCAGCUAGCUGGUCUAGACGCUCCUAUUUCCGAGGGCUGGUGCCAGUGGAGACUAGUCCGUCAGAGCGAAUGGGACACUGUCCCACCAACCUCAGUCUAGCCUUUCUCAUGAUACAUAGUGUCAGGAGCGAGCCCACAGUCAAUCACACCGUGCAAGUUGCCAUUAACUCUUGAAUAGCAAAAACAUGAUCUGCACCAACUUGGCAGAGUGUCAGGCCUAAUGAGCACAGCAAUGCAUCCCUGGUAGGUCUUGUUCCCAUGAAGAAGUUGCUGAGAUUGAAGGUUCCUGCCUCCCCAUAGCUGCUAAAUCCCCUCCUCUCCAGGGUUU